UGCCUGAGGGCGUAGCAUAAGCUAACGCCUGUCCGAAACAUACGCUUCUCUCAUUUUAUUGCUUCCGCGCAAAACCUUUCGGAUCGAUGCAGGACACGUUGUUAAACACAAAAGGCUGAACGAACAAUCAGACGACGAGAAAGCGACAUCUCUCUUUGUUUUACGAGCUGCGCGAUGAUCGAGAUUCAGUUUUGUACAUGUUAAUAAGAUUCAAAAGACAAAAUGCCCUGACUCCAUUUCCAAACUUGGACUUUUUCACUUUUUAAAAAAAUCAUUGAUUGCUGAAGAAAAGGCAUGUGAAAAUAGGAAAGCUGCAAAAAUGCAACAUUUAACAAAAAAAAUAUAUUUUUUGUUAAAUGUAAUAUAUGUGUCUUUUACUGUGUAAAUUAUUAAUUGCGUUUAAGUAUUUGUCCAUUAUUUUAAUUAGUUUCUAUUUUAUACAAUAAAUAAAUGAUUUUAUUUUGACGGUUCCGGAAAUUUUACUGUGAUGUUAUUUGAUAUGCUUGACGUAAUUCAUUUUUGUGUCAAGUUACCUAUCGAGCGUUAGGGAUUGACCGGGGAGUAGGGAGGAUUUGCCGUCAAAAUAAAAUCAUAAAACCUGUCACCCAUCGAAAAGCGCAAUGAUAUCGAUUGAAAUGUUCACCUAACUUUUACUUAAAUCUAAAUAUAGAGAGCACCUAUCUUCUUUGUCGCACUACACGUUCCCCAUCGCUUUAGACAUUUUUUAAAAAUUCUUUCUUCAUCUCGAAAGUAGUGUAAGAUUAUUUUUAUUUUGAAGGUGCCAACCGGAACCUGUGUUUCUUAAUGUGGCUGGCUGUCGAAGCUGGUCAGGGAAAACAAAAUGUGACGUGGCUAAUCCUGUUGAACAAAAAGAGAGAGAGAGAGAGAGAAGAUACGAAUUAUUAACUGUUUUCUGAAAGAAAAAAAAAACUAAAAGGAGCUUGACACGGAAAAUCUGAGCUGAAAACAGAAAUAAAGAAGAUAAACCUUUCCUAUAGGUGAUUUUGGGGAAGGAAACUGUUAGCGCGCCGGCGCUGCGGUGAACAGCUAACAUCAAGACCUGACAGCUGAGCAACAGAAAGGGCAUGUGUUAAGACGUUAAGAUGUCAGACAGCGAAGCCACAGCAGCGGAGGGUCCAGAGGUGGCACCUGAGAUUCAGGAUGCCCCUCCCGCCGAGACUCCCGACAGCUCCUCGUCGACCACGCCUGACAUCUCGACUGACGUGGCCCCGACGAGGAAAGCCAGGAGGAGACCGGAUUCCAAAUCUGAAGCCAAAGUUGAGGAGACGCCGAAAGUAGAGAAGCAGCCGCCAAAGACAUCCAGUGACUCCACUGUGUCUCAGGGUGGUUGGGGAUACUGGGGCAGCUGGGGAAAAUCCAUCUUAUCCACAGCAACAGCUACUGUGGCCACUGUGGGCCAAGGCCUCACUCAGGUGAUCGAGAAGGCUGAGACGUCGCUGGGAAUCCCCAAUCCGACUGAGCUGUCGGCGCAGGUGGACGAAGAACAGAAACAGCAGGUUUCUUCUCCUGCAGCUGAUACCAGCAGUGAGACGGACAAAGCAGUGGGAGAUGGACCGUCAGCAGUGGGAGGCGCAAUGGGAAUGUUGUCAUCGCUCACCAGCGUCGUCCAGAGCACAGGCAAGACAGUGAUAACAGGCGGUCUGGAUGCUCUGGAGUUCAUCGGGAAGAAGACGAUGGAUGUGAUAGCAGAAGGUGAUCCCGGCUUUAAGAAGACCAAAGGACUGAUGAACAGGAACUCCACUCUGUCUCAGGUGUUGAGAGAAGCGAAGGAGCGAGAGGAGCUGCAGACAGCAGAGAAAGAGGCGUCGGAUCCCGAGAAGAAGGUGGUCGCUCACUACGGGAUGCUGUUUGAUGAAUUUCAGGGUCUGUCACACCUCGAGGCUCUGGAGAUUUUGUCGAGGGAGAGCGAGUCUAAGGUCAAGUCGGUGCUGACCACCCUAUCAGGAGAUGAAGUGGUUCAACUCAGAGCAGAGCUGGAAGAUAUCAAGGAUUCGUUCUCCCUGGUCGAGUUUGAUGAUGAGGAAGUUGACGAGAAUAAAGAUGAAGACGGCACAGGCUUUGAGAAGGAGUUAUCGAAGGCCUUGGAGGGUCUCAGUGUCUCCACCACAGCCGACAAACUCAGCAAAGCCUGUAAGACGGCCUCCGGCCAGAUCGCUGACAUGACCCAGCGAGAGAAGGAAGGGGAAGAGAGCGAGGAGGUCAUCCAGAAAAGGCUCUCCGUAGAGGAGGUUCACGCUGCAGCCAUCAGGAGUCUGGCGGAGCUGACGGCUCGAUCCAUCGAGCUCUUCCACAAACUGGCUGAGAUGAUCCUCUUCUCCAACGGCAGCACAGAGGCCAGCCUCCUGUCGCAGUUAACUGUUGUUUUGUGUAAAGAAAUCUCCCUGCUCUCCAAGAAGUUCACCUCAUGCUUAACAACUGCAGGGUCAACUGAGAAGGGAGAUGUCCUCAACCCGCUGAUAACAGGAGUCUUUUUAGAGGCGUCCAACAGUGCUUCUUACAUCCAGGAUGCUUUCCAGCUUCUCAUGCCCAUACUGGAGAUUUCCCACAUCCAGAGGAGAGCCGAAUCCGCAGAGCAGUGACCCGCUGACGUCACCUCUGCCCUCCGUCGCCGCCAUCGCGCUGGGGCUCCGACGCGUCUUUAAAAACCAUCGGCAUCAGCUUUUACUCUGUCUGGGUUUCAGCUCAGAACAAAAUCAGUUUCACGCCUGGGAGGAAAAGUGCGUUCCUGUCAAACAGUAUUAACUUUUUGUGCAUCGCUGGUUUACUUGUAAAGUACGGUGUUGAACGAGGUCUGGAUCUACCAGCUCCAGUCUAAGGGGAACAAAAUGCAUUCGUGAUUAAACACGGAGCAACUUAUUGUUCUUUCUUUUAUUCUAACAUGGACAGUACACUUUCUCUGACAGUGCUUGUGUUUUUAACUUACAAGUGUCAGUUCUGCCUCUAAGAACACUUAUCUAAAAAAAUGUCAUGAAUGGUGGAACAUCCAUCAACAAGUGUUAAUUUGUUUAAAAAAAAAAAGAAAAAGGUGUGUCUGAACAAAAUAAAUAGAAAAAUAUAUCGAUAAAGUAUUUUCUCUUUACUGCGCAGACACUGAUUUAGAUUUGGUUUCUCUUUGCAUAUCUUUCUAAAACCCUGUCAUCUAACACAUUACUGGUCCUGGAGGAGUCCUGUUGGUCUGAAGUGUCUUUGCUCAAGGACACUGACAAGGAUUGAAACAAGUCCCAAGUUUUCACCUGGUGAAAUCCUGGAGUACAGGCAGGACUUGUUUAGUCACACAUCUUAAAAGACUUUAAAAAAAAAAAAAAAUGGCUCUGGUGAGCCCAGAGUUCUAUAAAAAUCAGCCCUGCUAACCUAAACAGCUCAGAUCUUUACUUUCACAGACAAAACCAUUAUUUGAUUAAUUCCUUCUAUAAUUUCACAACACGUCAUCCUGACAAAAAACCAUAUUUCCCCCCGUCAUGACCCUCUAUCCCCUAAAACAGCUCGUACCUUGUUAGAAAUCCCUCAUUUUCAUCUCAGUUUUAAUCAAGUAAACGCAAGGCAAUUGAUUGCCAAGGACGCAACAUAACUGACAAAACUCAGCGCUCUUUCUCUCUUUAUUCCCCUCUCUUGUAAAUUGCAAAGGGAGGAUUGUACAACAAUCCAGAAUUGUACAUUUCGGUCAUUGUACACCUAUCUAUCUCUUUAUUGUUAUCCAAUAUUCACAAAAGUCUGACAUAAUCUCAGAACUUCGGGUGCUGAAAUUCUCCAACGGAAGGGAUCCUCCGUGUGCCACGCACCUUGUGAUGGUCACUUUUUAGCCGAUUACCUGGACUGGGAUUCAGUUUGGAACUGCUAACGGCUGUGUGUCCUGGGAGUGGAAGGGAAUCUUUUUUUUUUUUUUUUCCAGCAACCAACUGUACUGCGUAUCAGGCAUUUGAGGUGGUUUUGAAAUAAAUGUUUAUUGUUUAUCAAGACAUGUCAGUCAACCUUUUUUCUUUUUUUGUGUGUGUGUGGUGGGGACAUUUUCUCCUACUUUUGUUGUGGGGGCCACUUUGUUCCAGUGCAGGGAAAUCCUAAUGCUCCCGCAUACAUCAUCACCCAGUAUCAGUGGCCGACCUCUUGACUUCUUGGGGUUGAGCGGAAGCGAAUAUCCCUGCGGCCAGGAUCCAAAAUCUGCUGGAGAGCCAUAUUUGCUAACUAUUCACUGUCACUAGCAAAAUGUACUUAAUGUAUCAGCGGUAUAAAUUCUCAUUAUGCAGGAAAUGACCACUGAGAGGAUUUUAACAUGACACACUAUAUUUUUGGAUUAUUAUUAGCCUAUUUAUGCAAUAAUCUGUACAUAGAAUUUUUUUGUUGUUGGUCGAAAUGGAGUGAAUUCUAACGACUGUAUAAACUGUUGGAUAGUUUACUAUGUCACUAUGCAGCAUGUCUUAUAUAUGCCCAAAUGUUUUAUGUGUAAAAUCUUAAGUUGUAACUAUGUAACUGUAGCUCUCCAAUAAACAAUAAAUA